GACGAUGGCACGGACAGAGUGGUGAUUGGAACAAGAGUAGCAGAAGGGCACCGCAACUAUCAACUCAUGUACAAUAUGCUCACGGGUAUUCGCAUUGCGGUUGGUCGAGUGUCGGCCAAGAUGAAGCGAGAUUUGGUCAAGGAAGAUUUCAAGGCCGCUCAUAAACUUGUUUUUGAUGUCACAGGAAACGAAUUGACACCAGGCGUCAGAUAUGAUUUCAAGUUCAAGGAUUAUGCUCCCUGGGUGUUUCGCAAUCUGCGUGAAAAGUUUCAUAUUGAUGCAGCAGAUUACAUGAUGUCCUUGACCAAUAAAUACAUCCUUUCUGAGCUUGGGUCACCGGGAAAAAGUGGAAGUUUCUUCUACUACUCGCGCGAUUACCGUUUUAUUAUCAAGACCAUCCGUCAUUCUGAACAUAUAUUCAUGCGCAAGAUCCUCAAACAUUAUUACGAGCAUGUAUGCAAGAAUCCGAAUACGUUACUGUGCCGAUUUUAUGGAUUGCAUCGCAUCAAAUUACCGCACGGUCGCAAAAUUCACUUUGUUGUCAUGGGGAACGUGUUUCCUGCGAACAAGGAUGUUCACGAAACAUACGAUCUCAAAGGAUCUACUUUUGGAAGGUUAACGUCUGACGAGGAAAUUGAAAGGAAUCCGCGCGCUGUGAUGAAAGACCUAAAUUGGGAACGGAACCACUGCCGAUUGCAGCUUGGACCUAGAAAGCGGUCCCUUUUUCUUGAUCAAUUGGACAAAGAUGUCGCGCUUUUGAAGACCUUGAAUAUCAUGGACUACAGUUUAUUGAUUGGCAUGCAUGAUAUGAAACGAGGUAAUACGGAAUGCAUUCGCGAUAAUUUGCAAAUAGUCAAGACAAACCAUUCCAAUGAUCCUCCAUCGUCCUCGCGGAAUAAGAGGCAGGAGCAAGCGCACAUAGUACGUAAAGCUAUCAAGAACGUUAAUCCCGUACAACUGGAUACUUCGGAGCUUCCCGAAAGCCCGUCUGAAGAGAGACGACGGUGCAUAUUUUAUGCUGAUGACGGAGGCUAUCAAUCGAGCAAUGAUCGUGACGAACCGACCGAUAUAAUUUACUUUAUGGGUAUCAUUGACAUUUUGACACCGUACAAUUUUAUCAAAAAAACAGAACAUUUUUGGAAGAGCUGGACGCAGGACAAGUAUACAAUCUCUUCGAUACCGCCCAACAAUUAUGGUGACCGAUUCAUGGAAUUCAUGAGGAAAGCUGCUGGCGAACUUUCUCCCAGUGAAGAUCGGCCGGUUGCGCGUUGA